CCUCCUCCUCCAUCGCCUCUCUCAAUUCUAAUUGGGGUUUUCACAGAGUUUAUUCACAGAGUUUCAUCCUUAUAAAAUCCGCAAACCCAUUACUUUACUCUAUCCCAGCAACCAAAAUUCCCAAAUUUUAAACCCUAAGAAUUUCUUCUCUGUGUAAAUCCGUCUUCUUUGAUGAAGAAUCUCAACAAUUUCCCAGCAGAAAUUCUACUAGAAAUCAUCACUCGUCUACCAACAGAAUCAAUCAUAGAUUCCAAAUUAGUUUGUAGAUCAUGGAGGGAUCUUGUCUCUCAUCAUCCAUCCUUCUAUCAAAUGUAUUUAUCUUAUCUUAAUCAAUCAGCUAAAUCUGGUAAGACCCAUUUUCUUGUCAAAUCUAAGCAUCAAGAACAUCAGUGUUUUGAGUAUAAUGAGAGUCAUGAUGAAACACUUAAUCAUAGUCUCAGAAGGUUCAAUUUCACACUUCCAUUUACAUCUGAAUAUAUCAUUAUUGGAUCGAUUAAUGGGUUAGUCUGUCUUUAUAAAGCUGAUCAUAUUUCUCUAAUUUGUAAUCCUGUGACAAGAAAAUAUGUUGUUCUUCCAAAAUUUGAGAGGGGAUGUGGUGAAUCUGGUGAUAAGUAUAUUCAUUGUUGGACUGGAUUUGGUUAUCUUCCUUUAACUAAUCAGUAUAAGGUUGUUUUGUUGUACCAAUCGAAGAGAGAACCUAGUUUUAUAGAGGCUGCGGUAUACACUCUUGGCAGUGGGGAAGGGUGGAGAACUGUUGGGAAGUUGGAAUUGGCAUUUUCCAUAUGCUAUGCUGAACCUGGUGUUUUUGCAAACGCAGCUCUUCAUUGGAAGGAAAAUGAUGAAAAAGGAAGGGUUUUGGUUUACGAUUUGACUGAGGAAAAGUUUGGUGAACAUCUUUCACCACCUUCUGUGCCACCAGAUGGUAGGGGCGUUACUUAUUUUAUAGGGGAGUUAGGUGGGGUUUUAUAUUAUUCCAUCUAUUACUUCAACGGAGACAUACUACUUUGUGACAUAUGGCUACUGAAAGAGAAGAAUGAUAUUCAUGAUUUGAAAAGGCAGGUGGAACAUGAGCCAUUGGGUUGGAGUAAAGCGUGUACUCUUCCUGGAAAAGAACCAUUAGCCGUUACCAAGAGUUGUGGUGUUUUAUGUUACGAUUACACCUCUCUCAACAUUUAUGAUGCAGCAGCUUCAACCUCGAAAAAGCUUGUGGACUUUGGUGCAGCAAUUAGUCAAAUAUUCUCUCACAAGAACACCUUAGUUUCUUUGAAAGAAUUAGGAGAAGGAGAUAUAAGAACAAUGGAGUCAGCUGAAAUUGAGGAGAGAGACCCGUGAUUUGUCGAGAAAGAAGCUAACAAGAUGAGAUCCCUGGAUACACUUAUUAACUGGAUUUGAUGCAUGCUCAGUUGCUUUGUGAAUGUCAUUCCUGGUCAUACUGACUCAUUCUGUAAAGGACUUGAUUCAUCAAAGUAGCUGUGGAAGAAGAGGCAGGAGCUGUAGGUUGAGGACGCCAGUAUCGCUGCUUUCUUAGAAUGUAUCUGCUAGUUGUCAUUGCGAGAUUGAAGGAACAGGAUUAUUUUAACUGGUUAUCAUGUCUGAUAAACACACCUUACCACACAGUACUUCAAAAGAGUUUCCCAAUCCUCAGUUGGUUCAGUUUCCGAACUGUUAACUCUGGGUCAGUCAGAUUUCAAUUUGUAUCAUUUUGAAAGGAUGUUUAGGUUACCAUGUCGUAGCGUGAGUUAUUAGUCGUCGCUAAUAGCGUUUGUCCUAUGUCUUAACUUAUUCAAUCGCAAUUUCUGUUCCACUUUCUAUUGAGUAUGUUCUGCAGAAUAUCAAGAAAAGGUCCAAUUCCAAUCUGUGUUGUUGAAAACUUUUGAAUUUUCCCUUUAAAGUUUUUCUAUUA